CGUGUACAUCACGUACGGUAGUACCUCGAGCUCGAGGAUGCUAGCUUAACUAGAACCUAUAUAUACAUCUAGUACUAGCUGGACGCCAUCGAUGAAGCUUAAGGUCAAGCAGUAGGCUGAUGCGUACAGCAUGGGAUCUCCCGAAAGGCUGUUUUCCCCACACCAACUCCAGCUGCUAAACUAGGCACUCUUGGAGUACCACCAUUCACUGGCAUCUGCUUGUCUUCAAACAAACACAUUUCAUGCAACGGAACACCAUACACCUAUAAGUAUAUGCCAUGACACAGUCUCAGUCUCAACCUACCCACCUGCGUCGCGCUCGGCUCGCUCUCGCUUGCGUGUCCAUUGCUGCCAAUGCGCUUUGUGGUGGAGGUGUUUUCACCUUUUCCCUCAUGUCACCUGCUUUGGUCGAUCACUUGAAGUUGACUCAACCUCAACUGACCACCAUAGCCUUGGCCGGCAUGAUGGGCCAAUAUCCCUUUGCAGCUAUGAUAGGCAAGGUCGUCGACAAAUAUGGUCCUUGGGCCUGUUCCAUCUUCGCUAGUUGCCUAUUCUUCACAGGCUUUGGAUUAUUUGCGAACGAAAUUGCUAACACACCAGAUGAUAUUGUUCUACCUUCUGCAUCUUCAUUCCAUCAUCUCACCGUCUACUUCUUUAUCGCGGGACUCGGAACUGCCUUCUCAUAUUUCUCUUCCUUAUUUGCUGCCUGUAAGAACUUUCCCGGUUUUAUCGGCAUAGCAUCUGGAACGAGCAUCACCUUGUUUGGUUUAUCGCCGAUGUUCAUAUCAAUAUUGGCCUCAAGGUUCUUCUCGCAUCCCGACGAAGGUCUUGAUGUCACCCGCUUCUUACGGUUCCUUGCCCUUUUUUGCGGAGCCGUUCAUUUAUUCGGUGCUUUCACUCUCCAUAUUAUACCUCUCCCCGAAGAUCCUCCAAGUGCUGUCUUGGAGGAUCCAGAAGGGUCGGUUCACGUCGACGAACAAACAGCUCUUCUCCAGGGAAAGCGUAAUGGUGCUGCUGAAGUCGAGACUCGCAUCGUUGCUGCUUCACCCGUCAAGGGUGGUUCGGCAGUUGACCUUGCCAAAGACCAUUAUUUCUGGGCUCUGGCGUUCGUCUUGUUCGUAAUCCUAGGUUCUAGCGAAAUGGUCAUAUCCAACAUUGGCACAAUUGUCCUUUCUCUUGCAUCACAAACUUCAAGCGCAAUCAUGGAUCCAUCUACUGAUGUAGCAACUGCAACGCAAGUCCGCUUCCUCUCUGUUGCCAACACGCUCUCUCGUCUGGUUGUCGGACCUUUGGCAGACUUUGUGUCUCCCAUUGCAUCACACCCACCAUCCGAUGCCCAAAGUAUUCCACGCAAACGCCACGUCAGCCGUGUGGCAUUUCUCUUCUUCUCGAUACUGGUGCUUGCAUUAACCUAUUCGUGGAUGGUACUCGGCGUCAGGUCGCAAGUAGACUUGUGGGCUCUUAGUAUCGGCGCCGGGGUCGCUUACGGUUCAACUUUCACAAUUUUACCGAGUCUGGUGUCGUCUGCGUGGGGUAUAGAAAACCUCGGGCGCAACUUCGGCAUUCUCACAUACGCUCCUUUCCUCGGAACGCCGGCAUUCUCAUACUUUUAUGCCUUCAAUGCCGCCAGCCACUCAAGUGACGGCGCGGUUUGUAAAGGCAUCGAGUGCUGGAGUACGACCUUUUCGUGGUAUACUGCGAUUGCAUUCGCUGCGUGCGGUGUCACUGGAUACCUCUGGCGCAGUUGGAGAGACCAAGUGUAGUCCGCGUUAAUGUAUGUGUUGGCAAUAUAGAUAUUGUGCAGGUCUUUUGGCAUGUGUCCACAACGUCC